AGAGCAACAACGUUUUAAAAAUACUUUGGCGCAAUGUUGUAGAAAUCGAACUGUAGUCCUGCUUUUGCUUUACCCUGUUCAAAAAUUGAAGUAAAGAUAUAUCUGUUUGGUUUCUGCCGUACAUCUGAAACAAAGCAAUCAUAUUAAGAUGCAGGUUAACCCAGCAGCAGCAAUGGCGGGCGUGGACAGGGAAAAGAUAUAUCAAUGGAUUAACGAUCUUUCGAGCCUUGAUACACGAGAAACAGCGUUGCUGGAGCUAAGUAAAAAACGGGAAACUGUUCAGGACCUUGCUCCAAUGCUGUGGCAUUCGUUUGGAACAAUAGCUGCACUUUUACAGGAGAUUGUAAACAUAUAUUCUUCAAUCAACCCCCCUACUCUUACUGCACAUCAAUCAAACAGAGUGUGCAAUGCCUUAGCCCUGUUACAAUGUGUUGCUUCUCAUCCUGAGACAAGAACUGCCUUCCUUGCUGCUCACAUCCCACUAUUCCUCUACCCAUUCCUACACACUACAAGCAAAACUAGACCUUUUGAAUAUUUAAGGUUGACGAGUCUUGGAGUGAUUGGUGCGUUGGUGAAGACAGAUGAACAAGAAGUUAUCACUUUCCUUCUUACAACAGAGAUUAUUCCUCUUUGUCUUCGAAUCAUGGAGUCUGGAAGCGAGUUAUCUAAAACGGUUGCAACUUUUAUCCUGCAGAAAAUAUUGUUGGAUGAUACCGGACUAGCUUAUAUUUGUCAAACUUAUGAAAGGUUUUCUCAUGUUGCAAUGAUAUUGGGAAAGAUGGUGCUUGCUCUUUCCAAAGAUCCCUCUGCUCGACUACUGAAACAUGUUGUUCGUUGCUAUCUCCGACUCUCUGAUAAUCCCAGAGCUAAAGAAGCAUUGCGCCAAUGCUUGCCCGACCAGUUAAAAGAUUCCACUUUCCUACCUGUGUUAAAAGAUGACAACACAACAAAACGCUGGUUGACGCAACUUAUUAAAAACCUGCAAGAACCUGGACUUACUGACCCUCGAACAAUUGCUAUGCCACAAUGACCAUUAUAGUUGGUUGGACAGAAUUUCACAUCAUGUUCUUAGUAAUGCCUCUACUAUUCCGUUCUUUGCCGCUUGAAAUACAGUUUUGCUACGAAUUUUUACUUUUAA